AUGGUCCAACCCAGAAGGCGUGUCUCGUAUAUAAUACCAUCGCCUUCCGAACCUCCGCCUCGCCUUCAACUUCCUCCCCAUGGGGUCUCGCGACUGGGUGCUACAGGCCCUCUCUUAACGCUAUACAACAGUGAUGAUGAGCCGGGAGGGAAGUCUACGUCACACAAUGUCAGCCAACCUCGCCAUAGACUUGGUGUUGCAUCAUUGGCGCUUGACUUGUCGACGCAACUGAUUGGACGGAAUGCGCCUGAAGGUAUCCUUUACUCUGGUGGCAGGGAUGGUCUUGUAAUGUCAUGGGAUCUGGGAAUAACGAUGAAGAAGAAAUUUGUAGACACGGCCAAUGUGGGGUCGAAGAGAGGGAGGUGGGAGGCUAUGACAGGUUGGGGGGAUGACUCCAUUGACGAAGAGGCGGAAGACGGAGAGGAACGACUUGUGAGCGAUGGCGAUAUCCUCGGGGAUGUAACGACAAACGCAGAUAGACGUCGGCGAGCUGCCAGUGUCUCCGGUGAACUGCCUCAUGAACGUCAGUGGGAAACGGACAUCCUUUCUUUCAAACCAGGCAUGCCAACGCAAUUUAGGCAGUGCGCACAAGCCCAUGCUGACUGGGUGAACGAUAUCCUUCUGUGCAAUUAUAAUCAAACAGUGGUCUCUGCAUCAUCCGAUGGGACCGUAAAAGUAUGGAACCCACAUGCUUCUGUUGCCUCAGACCCUUCGAUUAUAGGAUCGCACAGUGACUAUGUGAGAUGUUUAACCCAUUGUCGUGAACAGAGCUGGGUAGCAUCAGGAUCGUUUGACAGAACUAUCAAACUGUGGGAUCUUGGCCGCCCACCCGCUGCUCAAGUCGAGCCAUUGGUUACCCUAAACCCUCCCGAUGCGACCGCCCCAAAGUCUUCUGUAUAUGCAUUGGCUGCCGAUCCAUACGGGAAAACUAUAGCCUCAGGUUCACCUGAACGAGUUGUUCGUUUGUGGGAUCCUCGAACAGGAAAGCGCACUGGAAAACUUGUAGGGCACACGGACAAUAUUAGAGCAAUUUUAAUUUCUGACGACUCUAAAUACUUAUUGACAGGCUCUGCGGAUGCUUCCAUCAAGUUAUGGUCUUUAUCGUCGCAACGAUGUCUACACACUUUUACUCAUCACACUGAUUCUGUUUGGUCACUGUUCUCGGAUCACCCCUCUUUGGAAACGUUUUACUCCGGUGAUAGGUCUGGACUGGUCUGUAGGGUGGACGUAGAAGGUUCUCCAGAUAUUUCUGAAGGCGAAUGUGUGGUCCUUUGCAACGAUGCCGUUGAUCAAUCUCGGUCUUCAUCUGAGGGCAUUAACAAGAUAGUCGUCAUGGAUGACCAUUUGCUUUGGACCGCGAGUGGUUCAUCGAGUAUCAAACGUUGGAAUAUUCCUCAACGGCGCGUUGCGAGAGCCAUUCAAUCUCAUUCACCGGAAUCCGAGGGCCAGACAUCCCCCAAUGUCUUUAAACGCCGUGCACUGGUGUCUGCAGACUCUCCUUCAGAGGCGAGCACUCGCCCAUCUACCGGUCAAGGACACUCUCGUCGGAUGUCGUUCUCCCCUUCGGUCGCCUCCCUAACAUCAGAUUCGGAGCGAUGGAGAGACCGUGAAACCGAUGGUAAGCUAAACGGUUUGCCAUACGACAGUCUUGUCAAGCUCGUUUCCCCAAACGACUCCUUCACGCCAUACAGUUCCAACCGGAAUCGUGACCCAGAAGUAGCAACAUUAUAUUCUGCGGCAUCCGUGAUGUCAGUCCCUCGACAAGCUACAAGGGCUUCUGUGUCUGCUCAGACUGCGUUGUCAGCAUCUCCUUCCGGGCUAACUGGUCCUUUGCAGAGCUCGCGAACGGAGGAGACCGUACUUGUCACUAAUACGUCCCGCGCUCUCUACGAAGAUCGCGAGCUUGCCGCUGAUGCCAUUCCAUUGUGCACUGAUCCUGACGGUGUGAUUCCAGGUGACCAUGGUCUUGUGCGAUCUGUUAUUCUGAAUGACAGGAUAAAUGCUCUCACUGUCGACACCGCUGGUCAAGUCGCGGUAUGGGAUAUCGUUCGAGGGCAAUGUCUUGGGUUGUAUCGUCCUGAGGACGUGGCCGCCGCAAGCCACGCAGGAAGUACAGCGAAUGGAGCUGAAGAAAAAGAACGCAGUCCCCGUGAAGCACUAGAGGCUGUCCGGGAACGAAUUGAGGGCGAAGGUGUCAUAUCAAGUUGGUGUAUGGCUGAUACGAAGUGCGGUGUUUUGACGAUUCAUCUAAGCGAAAGGUGCUUUGAUGCUGAGGUGUACGCAGACGAGGUCGGGUUUGCUAUGAGUUCCCAGUUCAGUGAUGAAUCCAAACUGAACGUUGGUAAAUGGGUUCUACGAAAUUUAUUCAUCGGAUUUAUUCAAGAGGAACUCCGUCUUCACCAAUCUCCUGACAAAGACGAUAAAUUGCCUGGGACACUGAGUCGCAGCUCUAGUCAAGAGACAAUCGACCCAAACAUCCGAAAUCGAUUACCUGCCCACUCUGAGUCGACGACCAGGAAAAAGCACAGACCUCGCGCAAGCAGCACCGUGAUAAACUCGCCCGACAUGAUUCCGGCUACUCAGACUCCUAAUGCCCCAGUGCGCUCCUCCCCCUUGCUUACACCUUUGAUUCCUCUUCACACAUUGAAUGGAAUACGAGAAAAUCCCAAUUUCUCUGUUCUUCCCCCUAUACCUCAAUCCCCUCCUGCCCAGUACGACGUGACUCCCACCCCAGGAGCGCACCAGCGUCGUGCACGAUCUGGGACCAUUGACGGCGGCGCUGCUGCUACGCCAAUUGCUGGCGCGAAAGAUGAUUAUUUCUCAGCACGUACUCGACAACCACAGGGUGGGGUCCCUGCCUCACCCGAUGAUUUCUCUGGUUGGACAGGACCUAAUAAGGCGGAACCUGCUACACCUAGUACACCUAGCGGCCUAAUGGGAAGGCUAAGGAAUUUUGGAAAGAUAGGCAAAAGGCCUGUCAGCGACGUCCCAAAUGUAUCAAAUGUCGCUACACCAACUGCUGAGACCCCUCAUCCUGCUGAUGGACGCACAACGGUUGAAAUAGAGAGGACACCAUUGCAGACGCUCCUGUCUGCGCCUUUGACUCCACCAUCAUCCGCUGACGCACCCUUGCAUCCCCUUUCUCCACAGACCAUCGUCCUUAUAUCCGAAGAGGCUCAGCCUAGUUAUACCACUCUAUACCGCCGAGAUGUCGCUCACAUCCACGAAGACAUUGAGGCCCUCGAAAACGCAAUGCCAAUGUGGCUUACGGAGUAUCUAUUACUCAACAAAAUACCUUUAUCUACACCUCUCGCAAAAUUGAGUUUUGUUCUGAUGCCAUGGAAUAAGGAUCCGGAUGUCGAACCGCUUCCUGAGUUGCUGAACACCACACAAUCCAAAUUAACUGCAAAUCGCUACUUGCGUGUGCGAAAAAUUGUUAAUCAUGUGCAAGAUAAGCUGGAGAAAAUGGCUCAUGGUUCUCGGGCCGGGUCUAUUCGAUCAUCGAUUGAAGAUAGUCAAACAGGAUCCAAAGCUCCUCGUCCACGCGCCGAAGACGAAUUUGAAAUUCUUUGCAAUGAAGUAGUUCUACCGCUUGGAAUGUCUCUUGCUGCUGUCCGUCAAUACGUAUGGAAAUCAGGCAAUGAGCUGGUCAUGCAUUACCGACGGAAGCGAAUGACAAUAUCGGGUCCUCUCCAAUGA